AUGGUUCAGUUCAACAGUAGCAACAAGGUUCUUCGUUCUGGCUUGUUGGCUGUCGCUGUUACUACAUUCAUUACUCUUCUUUUCUUUCUUGCACGCUCUGAACGGGUCUCUGCUUCAGUGAGUCUACUGAAGCUUGGAAGCCAUACAACGCCACAAUGCUCGUCGCCGGCAGAGAAGGACACUGCAAACGCAACCGUUCCUUCUAUCGUGACCGUGACAGUGGAGCCAACACCUUCAGCAACACCAACAACAGUCCGAUCGAUACUUCCACCCAAGCAAGGCAACCCAGCCCUCCUCAAUGUAGCACCAUAUUACGUCAAAGCAAUGUUCGAUCCCAACGACAACACAUUCCAAAAGCUUGAUUGCCCGCUCACAACCUCGAUCUCCAAACGUUACGCAUACCUUCAAACGGCGCCAGCCACGCCAUCUCGUCCGAAAUACUUCUUCGCGCUUGACCUCUACCAAGUUGCUCAUGCCCUCCCUCAGCUUAUUGGUAGCAUAAUGCAGGCCAUCAUCUUCCUAGGACCGCACAACUGCGCACUCUCCAUCGUCGAGGGCCGCUCCACAGACGGCACCUACGAGGUUUUGCGCUCGCUCGCCCCCCAACUCGAAGACCUAGGCGUCCCCUACUUCCUCCAACUCUCAGACCUCUCACCCCAGCGCCAAAACCCAGAGCGCAUCGUUCUCCUCGCUGAACUACGCAACCUCGCCCUCCGAGACUUAUACGAGCACCCCUCCGACUACGCAGACGACACCACCAUCAUCUUCUCAAACGACGUGUACAUCUGCACCGAAGACAUCCUAGAGAUAGUGCACCAGCAGCACUUCCAAAACGCCCACAUGACAUGUGGAAUGGACUGGGCUAACGGUACGAACCCCGAGACACCCCGUCUGUACGACACGUGGAUCGCGCGCAGCAUGACAGGCGACACCUUCUACAAAGACAUGAUGGACUGGGACAAGGGCUUCUUCCCAGACCACCCGCCCACGCGCCAGCGCUGGUCCAGAUACCUCCCUGUCCAAGUCUUCUCGUGCUGGAACGGCAUCGUCGCGCUGACGGCAAAGCCCUUCAUGGACGGCACGAUGCGCUUCCGCGGCGUGGACGGGCUCGAGCGGGAAAAAGUCAAUGAGGAGUGCUACCAGGGGGAGCCGAAUCUGCUGACGAAGGAUAUGUGGUAUCUGGGGUAUAAUCGGAUUGCUACGCUGCCGACGAUUACGACGGCGUAUGACUACUGGGAUGCGCACAAUGCGAGGGAGGCGAGGGGGAGCGUGGGGCUGCAUGUGCUGCUGCAGAAUGGCACGGCGGAGGAGAAGAUCAGGUGGCAGGAAAAGCCGCCGAGCAAGUUUCAUUGUAUACCCGCUGGCCGAGAUUCCGAGUGGGUGCCGUGGGAUCAGAAUUGUGCGGCGAUCUAUGGGGCGAGGAGGAAUGUCACCCAGAAAUUGGCGCCGUGA